AUGGCCAUUGACAAGGCUGCCGUCUCAUUCAACCCCGAGAAAGAUAUCCCCCCGCUUGACGGUAAAGUCAUCCUAGUCACAGGUGGGAACAAUGGACUCGGAAAGCAAGCUAUAUGCGAGUACGUCAAGCACAAGCCGAAGCAGGUCUGGCUCGCGGCCAGAAACGUCACCGCCGCACAAGAAGUAGUAGAUGAGAUCCACCAAUACCAACCAGAAUCCUCCGUCAAAGUCCUACAAUUGGAUUUAACAUCCUUCGAAUCCGUAAAGAAAGCUUCACAGAGAUUCCUCGCCGAGUCAGAUCGGCUCGACAUCCUCAUGCUAAACGCUGGCAUCAUGGCCGCGGCGCCUGGGCUCACAGAGAACGGCUACGAAGUUCAAUUCGGCACGAAUCACAUGGGUCACGCACUUCUCACGAAGCUCCUACUCCCUGUUCUGGAAAGAACUGCCUCGGAGCCCGGUUCCGACGUCAGGAUAGUCUCGUUGUCUUCAAGGGGGCAUUUCCUGGCUCCAAAGGAAGGAAUUGUGUUUGACUCACUCAAGACCACUGCGGAUGGGAUGCGGGCGUUUGAGAGAUAUGGCCAGAGCAAGUUGGCCAAUGUGCUGUUUGCGCGACAACUGGCGGCGCAGUAUCCCCAAUUUACUGUUACGGCUAUUCACCCGGGUGUUGUGAGGACGAAUUUGGUCAAUGGCAUGUCUGGCGUGUCGAUUACGCAGAGGGCUUUGGGACCCUUGGCGAAUUACUUCUUCACUCCAGUGAAUCAGGGGGCUAAGAAUCAGCUGUGGGCGUCUGUUGCGAAGGACGUGAAGAGCGGUGCGUAUUAUGAGCCUGUUGGGGUGAGUGGGAAGGCGAGUAGGUUUGGUAGGGAUGAGGAUUUGGCGAAGGAGUUGUGGGAUUGGACUGUACGUGAGCUUGAUGGGUGGUCUUUGUGA